AUGUCUCCUCCGCUCGUUUCCGGGUUUUUUGUUUUUUUCCCCCUUCGUAUCCUAGCAACGCUCCUUGGAUACGAGCAGGCGGGAGCGCGCUCUCGGCCGCGGCCUCACAACAACAGCAGCAGCAGCAGCAUGGCGCUCCCUCAGAGGGAGGCGCUGACUCCUCAAUUGCCAGCAGAUGAAGAUAUGACUGUUGGACAAACAUCCUUAAAUCAACUGGGAGCUCAAAGUCACAGAUAUGCCAGUCAGGACCAGAUGCAGCCCAGGUUGGAAACAGAUGGCUGGGAGCUUCAACAGCCAUGGGGGCGUUCUUUUCAGCCAGGAUUUCAGGACAGUAACCUGUCUCCAGCCCUUUCACUGUUGCCUUCAAACUCCGGAGUGGAACACAACUUCACCGAAUAUUCUUUAUUCCGACAAAGUGACAAUGAAUUUGCCCCUUUAAGGGCGUACCCUGACAUUUCCGUGGCAUCCGAGAGAUUUCACCUUCCACUCCAGGAUCGCACCACUCAGGCCUCUGAGCGUGGUUCACUGUCCCAGCACCCUUUGGCCCAGGAGACCAUCCUGUCUGAAGGAGUGAGCAGCUGCUGCUCUCUUUCCCAGCACAGCUUGUCACUAACAGACGAAGGCAGACGAGAGGAAAUUGUUCACUCCCCACCGAUUUCCACCACUGACGGACAGGGGGUACCAUCCAGAGAUGAUGCCAGUAACAGGAAGAAGGACUUAGAGAUGCUACCUGACCCUCUAUAUAAGCCAGUAGGAGAGACUGCUGAAGAUGAGACAUUCUUUCUGAGUAAGGAUAUUCCUGCCCAGCAUCUUCUGGCGCUCCUUCAGAAAGAUAUUGGCAUGCCAAGCAACAGUAGUAGUAGUAGUGCUAUUUCCUCUGCCUCAGAGACCUCUGUGAAGGCCGCUGGAUCUUAUGCCGAAGAAUCUAAAAGCACUAACAUUUGUGAACCAGCCACUGACCAAAGCAUGGUUAGAAGAGAGGGUCCUCCGGGUGAAGCUUCUCUUCCUCAGCGGCAGACUCAACAACCUGACAAAGCUUUAUUCCCUGACCAAUCACAAACCUUGUCGUCGGAGGUCUGUAACAUCACCAUGGGGUCCCGUAGCACUCAACCUGAUGACAGUAGUGACGUGUUACACAGAGAGCUGCUGUCUGAGGUAGAGAGGUGCAGCAGACGUGAUGCUGGAUCUAAAAAACAGCAGCGGGACAGUCCUACAUCGCCCGGUCAAUUCUUCACACCUUAUCCCACAGGGACGUCUGAAGGCAAGCCGGGUGUUACCAGAACAAACCUGGGUGGCCUGCAAUGGACAGGAGCGUUUUCAGCAGGAGUCGAACGGGGUCACAGAGAGGAAGACCUCUUGUUCACAGGGAACCAAACCGGGAUUGAUGGGUCCUACCUGGGUUGCCUUCCACAGUCUCAGUCCACUCCGGGAGUUUUUAAGGCUCCAACUAAAUCUAGUGUCAAGGCUAAAUUAGGGCGACUCUCUGCCAUAGAUUCUAAUAAAGAGAACUCCUAUCAGUCAAACACAGGGACCUCUCCACAGCCAGAUGUUCCUGUGGCUGAUGUCCGUCCCGCAGACACAGCAAAUAUGAGCCAAGAGGAAGCUACCUCUGCAAAAGUCCAGUCUCUCCCAAGUCUCAACUAUAUGCAGAAAGUAGACGCUUGGAGGGCAAACCAGAGUUCAGGCACGACGUCACUAUUUGAUAGCUUGGCACUACAAGGGUUCUCCGGCAUCUCUCCUAAAAAGAAAGCUUACGAUGCAGUAUCGGACCCUUUGAAUUGCAUCCUGACUCAGCAGGUGAGGAGUUUACAACAGCCUGCUGUUUCAAGUGCUGCCAAUCAGAAUGUGACGCAGAGCUCCUCCACAGCUCCCUCUGGCUCUCUGACAAAAAGAGGGGAGGCGGUGGGCAGGGCUCCAAGUGACAAAGAUAACACGGGGUCUGCAACAAGACCCUCUGCCUCACCCUUUGGCAGGUCGCAGUCCCACUCUUCUCUUAGCACCAUUGUCAUGUCGGCCCAGAAGGAGGAGCAGAAAAAAAGAUUUGCAGAAGAAGAGAGCAGUCAGAUUCAGGUUGAUGUCCAUCAUCAACCAAACGCCACAGACCAACCUCAACCUCGCAUGAGCCUCGGUCAUUUUAGCGAUGUGUCACUUGAUCAAGAUUUGACACUCUCACGUUCCCAAGAUAGUCACAACAGUGGAAUUAAAUUAGGAACUUCCCAUGGAGCGUCUUCUGUUGUCAGCCUGGAGGUCGAUAACUACGCGCCGCACUGGACCUCGAAACUAUCAACGCCACCUCCUCCGCUCAACAUUGAAGAGCGAAUACCGUUGUAUCUGCAUAACCUGGGUAUCGACCAGUCUCCAUCAAAGAUUUUAACUCCAUUCACAACCAGAGGGCCAAUCAGAGAGCCGGAAUUCUCUCCCACUGAUCUCUGUACAAUUAAAGGAUCUGUUGGAACACCAACCAAGAGCACCCAAACCUCUGAAGGUGGCAGUCCCCAUAAAGGAGAGUUUUCAAGGUCCAGCGCUCUGUCAGUGGACUCCAGUACAUCCAUAACGUUGAGCCUGGACAGUCUUGGUCUGGGUGUAUCUAUCCCAGAGUGGCCUAGGAAGGCUUCUCCUUCUUCAGAUACAGAAUCCAUCCAGAGCGAACGCAGACUGGCACCUCCCUCCCUCCCUGAUGAAGACUCUUAUCCUGCCACCCAGCAGCAGCACAUUGACAGCAGCUUAACCAGCAGCCAGAACACCAUCCAGCGAGACUGGGAGUCUCCGCUGCGAAGGAGCCUUAGUUUGGAGCAAAGUGCAGAACUUUCUACAGUUAGCUCGGCGGCCUUGUUGGAGAUCCGUAAACUCCUCUCUCAGACGGAGAACGUGUUCUCUGCUGGGUCUUCGGAGGCUUCCUCGUUCUCCCCUGCAGCGCCCCGACUGCUCUCUGAUGAUGACAUCUUCCUCUCACUCAGGAAGAAAACCAGCCGGCUCCAUUACUCCUCAUUCUCCUCCUCAUCUGCCAAUGAGGAUCCCAGAACUCGACCCUCUCUGCUGUGGACCAGGUCCUCCUCAGACUCCAUGCUGACCUCAGAUAAACUGAGAGAAGGCUCCAUUGGUCAAGAGAGAAUGACUUCAUCGUGGCAACCUGAUAAUUCAUCCACACAAGCUUUUGUUCCUGAACCGGCUGCAGUUGCAUACAGAAGACCACAAGAUGGCACCGUUGGUAGAGGUGCAGGGCCGUCCAUUGUCCUCUCCCAAUCAGCCCGGCGGGCAGAGCCUGAAGGCUGCAGUGCUGCUCCCCCUGACAACACAGUCCCACCACAGCCACCAGUCAUCACGCUUUCACCAGCGUUGAGCACACACCAGCUCACAUCUACUCCUGCAGACACAGCGGGCGUCACAGAGGAGGAAAAACAGACGGCUCUGGAUGGUCCUGUACAGAGCAGCCCCUCCUCGCCCAACUCUGAGGACACUGAUCAGGGCGUGAUGAGCGAUGGGAGCAGUGAGAGCUCGCUGGCAGUCAGAGUGGUCAAGUUAUUGCAGAGUGAAUCUCCGGCCACAAUGGUGUCCAGUACACCCAGUAUCACUGACCAAGAUGAGAGCAAAGCCAGAGAGUGGAUUAAGCUGAAGGUAUCAGAACAGCAGUGUGAGCCUCUGGAGCUGGACAAAGAAGACAGAAAGAGGAUCGAAGAGAUCAAGAGAGAGCUGCUGUUAAAAAACCCUAUAAAGAGUCUUGGGAGCACAGAUACAGAGAGCAGUGCAGCCUCCAGUGUUAGAGUCCUAAAUUGGCAGGAACCCCCUCAGCAAGCAGAUAAACUCCCUCCCCUCGGUGACGCCAACAACCAGCCGACCCAGACGCUGCAGAGCCUCCCCAUAGAUCUCACUAACUCCAGCGUGCAGCUACAAAACCCUCUUCACCCAGAUCUAGAGGCUCAGAUACGUGAGAUCGCUGCCAGAGAAGGGGUAACCCUCCCUAGGACAAACCCUCACGCUCUCACAUCUAUCACCAUUGCCACCCGCAAGCGCUCUCCCUCUCCCUCUCCCUCCACGUCGUCUGCGCCUCCCCUCAGUCCAGCACCAGAGCUGCUCCACCUGACCGAGCUCUCCACUGUCGAACACCCUAAAGAUAAAAGCGUGCUUCCCCCUUCCAUGGAGGAAGAAGAGGAUGAGGCAGCCAGGAAGCCAUCAUUGGUCUCUGAACCAAGCAAUAACCUGACUCCUCUGUCAGCACCAGGGAAUCAGAAGAGACAAGACACUGUAGGAGGCCAGUUGGAGGGACCUCCUCCACCCUCACUGGGUUUAUGUAGAGAGGACGUGAUCGCUGGAAUCGUCAACAGACAAUCUUCCCGGCAAGAUGACGAGUUAUCCGUCCAGGACAGCUCUGUUUCUGGUGUCAGUCAUGAAGCUGAACAGGCAACCGGUUCAUCCACACCUGAACCCGCAGCCAGGACGGGUCAUAUCUCACGCGUCCUUCUCACUCUGUCCCCCAAAACCACUGAUCACAGCUCGGCCACCGUUGUCCAGUCCAGUCAUGUUACUCACGCCGUUAAAGAGCUGCCACAUAAAGAAUUUGUCCCCCUCAGACACUCCUCUUCUGCUGCCACCAGUCCGGACGAAGGUGUCGGUUUGUCCAGUCCACCAGAGUGGUACGACGGCAGAGAGCCAGUAAGACAGCGGGUGCCUGAAAGAGCAGAGACAUCCACCCUGUUCAAAACCGCUGUGCCUCAGGGGCGGAUGACCUCGACAUCUACACAAGCCUUUACACCGUGUCACAGAGUGUCACCAAGACCUUCCACUACUGAAACACCAGCAGUGCCGGUUCUGUUACCUUAUAAACCCCGUGGCAGUGAGGAGCUUUUCUACAUCCCCCAAACAGAAGCCGACGUCUCCUCCACCAACCCUUCUGACACCACCAUGGAGAGCUCUCACACAGGCUCAGACGACGCUGUGCCCCCCCGCUUCAGCAGCGAGGUCCUCGGGCACCGAGACGCUGGGUUGGACCGCGGAGUCUCCAUCCGACACUCAGAGGGAAUCUACAGCAAGAGGCUGAAAACAGCCACCUUCAAAAUGAACGAGCCGGGACACAGAGGUGCCUCUGUCUCAACAGAUGUAGCCUCACAAACUGGGUCUCGAGCUCCUAAACCGUCUCCUCGGGUAUCAGUUGCCUUCACCAGAGCGCCUUUAUCGAGCAACAUGGAAGCCUCCAAGAGAGACCAGGGGACCAGUCCGCUGGCGUUCACCAGUUAUGAUCAACCAGAGCGAAGCCGUGUGAGGUUUCAGCCAGUUCAUGAGGACUACGAGGAGGGCCAUAAUCUGGAGCAAAGAUCUGACCUCCAGCCAGGAGGGGAGCGAGACCAGGAGAGGAGAGACUCUCACCUCCCUCACCCUUCUACCCGGCAGAGCAGCAGCACUCUGGACCAGCUGUGGGAGAGGUUCUGUGACCGGUGGAGCCUGGAGGAGUCCCGACUAGCCAGCAACAGAGAGGCACCACUGCUGGAGCGACUAGAACGCCUGUCCCGUCUCAUUCAUAGCACAAGAGCAACGAACAUGCCGGAACUACAAGAAGAAAAGCCAGGGAGGAGGGGAGAGGAGAAGAGGAGCGAAGGAUGUGAGGCCAGAGGACUGGAGAGGAAAGUCAGAGGAGGUAGAAAGGUCAAAGGUGAACCUCCCGUCACUCUUCAGGCCCGGACGCAGAGGCUUCGGGUAGAGGAGACUCCUCAACCCACAGACGAGGACAGCCGUGACUCGCUCACCUCCAGCUUCUCUCAGGGCUCCUCCCCGAGUCUGUACCUCUGUCCCGCAGACAGAGACGAGUCGGGACAUUGUCCACCGUCUCCAUGUCCACCAUAGACACGGCGCGGCUGAUCCGGGCCUUCGGCGCCCACCGAGUCCAGCACCUGAAAACGAACUCCAGCCUCAGUAAACUGUACAGCACCAUCAGCAAGCAGAAGGAGGGGAGGGAACAGAGGGGAGGAGGAAACAAAGAGACACCUCACAUCAUCACACUGUCAGAGACCACCGGCACUGAUGAGUCCACAGUUUCUGCUGAUACUUCAACGUCAACCAGCACUUACACCCUCCCGCCACACCGCGGCCCUCCAGGACUCUGGCAGUCAAGAAGAAUGUUAAACUGGUCA